CAAUUUUCCCGUUCCGAGUCCUUGAUGUCGACAGCCUGGCGCUUAAUAAACCCCCUUACAAAUGUCGGCCUCUCCGGCAAAGUCCCCAACAGUCUCCACGCUUCUUCAGUUGAUAGAAGACUACCAUGCAUUCAAUCCAGGUGGUGUCCAAAUUCUUCCUUACCCGACAGCUGUAGAAUUCAGCAAGCAAGUCAGCCGGGGGAGACCAUGCGUAUACCAGCUAAGCAAGAGCGAAGAAGCAGAGACAAUCCGCUCUUGCCCUGCCUUUUCCUGGACGAAAGACGCUCUGUGUCAAAAGGUGAAGCAGGAUGUCGAGGUAGCCGUGACCCCCGACGGGCGGGCUGAUUCCCUGUAUCGCUUACCACAUCCAUCGACAACUGGAACCUGUGCUGGCAAUAACGAUCAGCCAGAGCAAUCUGAGCAACAGGACGGAAAUGAGCAGUACGAGGAUGUUUUUGUCCAGCCAGCGACUGUUUCAAUGCCAUUGUCUUCUCUUCUCGACAAACUGUGCCAGUCCGAGUCACCGCCAGAAUCACGGAACCACGGACAUCACUCACCAUCCACAGGGGAGCCGGUGUACUAUCUGCAGUCGCAGAAUAGCAAUCUCACGACGACGCCUCUUUCGGCGUUGCAUGCAGAUGUACCGCCCUACAUUCCCUUUUCAAAGCCCGGUCUAGGAGAACCUGAGGCUGUCAACAUUUGGAUGGGCAAUGCCUCGUCCGUGACGAGCACCCACCGCGAUCCGUAUGAGAAUCUUUAUCUUGUGGUCAAAGGGAAGAAGCAUUUCACCCUUUGGCCGCCUUGUGAGGAGCUGUGUCUGCAUGCUGAAAAGGUCCGCACUGCACAUCAUAUUCUGGACACCAGCACUUCACCGCCCUCAUUCAGAAUCGUCCUCGAUACGCGCACGCCAAAACACCCGCCGUCGGACCUUGACGAGGAAGUCGACGAUCGCAUUCCCUGGAUCCCUAUCGACCCUCUGAAUCUACCCUCUCCAGAUAUUGUAGCUCGUCAAUAUCCAUACUAUAAAUAUUCGCACCCACUCACCGUUACGGUAUCUGAACGUGAAAUGUUGUAUCUGCCUUCUGGAUGGUUUCACCAUGUGAGACAGGAAUGUGGGACAUGGAAUGAUGGGGAAGUGGCGCCCUGUAUCGCUGUGAACUACUGGUUCGACAUGGACUAUGAAGGGGAAAAGUAUGUUAUGCGAGAGAUGCUGGGAAGAUUAGUAGAGAUGGCAAGGGAAGAGGAAAGUACAGAAGACAGCAAUGCAACGCCCUAGAACAGGGCUCUUUUUGAGUCGGAAAGUUCUAUUUCAACUCAUGGUGGUAACAACACCUUUUGAGGUGUUGAAUCUAGCUCAUUGGCAUGGAACAGAGACCAUGCCACCUAAUGAUUGUUCUGGGUCUCAUUUCGGCUUGCAGGCAGUACCUCUCUGAAGGCUUGCAAGCACCAUCGCAUCAGCACGGUCAUGUGCGUCGUCAACCGAAGCCGCCGUUCGUCACGGUUCAUCAUUCUAAAGCUUAGACUCGAGCUUCUUCAGAAUGUCCGGGAAUUCGUUCCAGUCAUACAUGACAGCGGCAGCAUUGCAUUGCUCGGUCAGCAGCUUGGCCAUCUGCUCCAUCUUCUCCUUUCCUUCCUCAACUCCGUAGACGCCGACAUAUGCGAUCAGAGGGAUACCAGCCCGCAUGGCAGCGGUGGCACCACUCUUGCUGUCUUCGACGGUGAUGCAUUCCUCCGGCUUGAC